AUGGCAGGGGAAGAGCGUGCGUUAGCCGUUCUCGUACGAGCACUGCAGGGUCUCGCACCUAAAGACUUUCAGGAGUUUAAGACGAAGUUAUCGGAUGUUCACGUGGAAGGAGGAUGGAAUAUCCCCAAGGAUUCGCUGGUCAAGGCCGCCCACCCUUGUGCGCUUGCCCACUGCAUGGGCGAGAACUACAGCGAAGACACCGUGAUGGACAUAGCGAUUGCGUUGUUCGAAGAGAUGAACCAGAGAGACCUCGUUGAGAAACUCCUGGAUGAGAAGGUGAAAGAGUACAAGCGGAAAUACAGAGAGCAUGUCGUCCGGGAGUUCCUCCGGUACAAAGAAGUGAACUCCCGUCUCGGGGAGAACCUGUCCAUCAGCAGCCGCUACACCGACCUGACCGUCGCCAGGAAGCCUCGGAGCAAGCGUGGAGGUGAGCAUGAAGCUGUGGGCGCCAGCCGUGGACGUGCCGAUGCCGGCAACGGACCAGCCACCGUCACUGUCACCGCACAGACACUGUUUAAACCCGACAGAGAUGGGCAAACGCCGCAGGUUGUGGUGCUGGUGGGGGCCCCGGGGAUGGGGAAGACGAUGACGGUCAGGAAGGUGAUGGUGGAGUGGGUGGAAGGGACCCUCUACACGCAGUUUGACUACGUCUUCUGCAUAGACUGUAAAGACAUUGCCUUUACCAAGGAAGCGAGCGUGGCAGACCUGGUUUCAAAGUGCUGCCCUCACAGGCGGACGCCGUCUGGGAAGAUCCUGGAUGACCAGAAGAAGAUCCUGUUCAUUUUUGAUGGCUUUGAGGCCCUGGGAUUUUCCUUGGUGCAGCCUGAAGUUGAGCUGAGCUCUGACCCCAGGGAAGUGAAGCCUCUGGAAACCACCCUGAUGAGCUUGUUGAAGAAGACUGUCCUGCCCGAGUCCUCCUUGCUCAUCACCACGAGGCCGACGGCUCUUCAAAGCCUGGGGCAGUGCCUGGAGGGUGAGUAUUACGCAGAAAUACUGGGAUUUUCGGCAGCCAUGAGGGAGGAGUAUUUCCACAGGUAUUUUGAGAACGACAAUAAAGCCGACGUGGCCUUCAGGUUUGCCAGAGGCAACGAGAUCCUCUACAGCUUGUGCGUCAUCCCCGUCAUGAGCUGGACUGUCUGCACCAUCCUUGAACAAGAGCUUUACAAGAAGAAAAACCUCGUCGAGUGCUCUAAAGCCACCACGUGGAUGAGCGUGUUUUACCUCUCCCGGUUAAUGAAGUGCAGAGGCAGGGACAACCCGCAGGACCUCCAGCGGUUCCUGCGCAAGCUCUGCUCCUUGGCUGCCGACGGCAUCUGGAAGCACAAGGUCCUCUUUGAGGAGAAGGAAAUCAAGGACCGUGGCUUGGACCAGCCAGACCUUCUCCCCCUCUUCCUCAAUGAGGAGAUCUCAAAGAAAGGUGUAGACCAUGAGAACAUCUACAGCUUCACCCACCUGCACCUCCAGGAGUUUUUUGCGGCGAUGUUUUACGUUCUGGAGGACGAUGAGGAAAUGGUCGGCAACUCGGGGGCUCUCGCAAAGGACGUAAAUAUGUUAUUAGAAAGUUAUAGCAAGUCCAGGAAGGAUUUGAACUUAACAGUGCGGUUCCUGUUUGGUCUGAUAAGCCAAAAAUCGAUAGAGUACGCGGACAAAAUCAUCGGGUGCAGAAUUUCACCGCAAGCCAGGGAAGAUAUGCUGAGGUGGCUUCAGGGGAAGCACAGGGGCAUCUCCCAUCCCAGCCAAGCGCUGAAGGUUUCGGAGUUGGACACUUUCCACUUUUUGUUCGAGAUGAACGAGAAAAGCUUCGCGCAAAGCGCGCUGGGUCAUUUCACCGACAUAGACUUGCAGGACAUCAAGCUGACCCUGUACGACCAAAUGGCUCUUUCCUUCUGCAUCAGGCAGUGGGCUGCGCUGGGCUGCGUCACCCUCCGGGGAUGCUCCUUCCGCCAGCAGGAUCCCGGGAAGGAGCUGGCCGCGUCGGUACCUCGGUAAGUACUGCCCCUCUCUGCUCUAGCGACCCAAAAUCGCAAAGAAUUCUCCUUCUCCGCCCCAAAGGAUGGUUUUAAAGGCAUUUCAGCUCCUUCCACCCAAAGACCAGCUUGUCCUUUCACUGGGGGUUUAAUUCCUCAGCGGAGGAUUUUACUUUUUCUUGGGGAGAAUUGUGGGAGAAUAAGGAUGCCGCGGGAUCCUCCGUCCGCUGCAUGCGGUGGGACUGAUGGAGAUGGAGCGUCUCGGCUCAACUUCCCCGGCCUGAAGAGGUCCAUCUGCGCCCGGGUGUCACAGCCCGGCUGCCGCCUGCGCAUCCUGCAGCUGUGGUACUCCCGCCUCACCAGCGCCUGCUGUGAGGACCUCGCCACCGUGCUGGGCACCAGCCCGCGCUUGGAGGAGCUGGAUUUGUCCUUCAGCGAGGGGCUGCGCGAUGCUGGCAUGCAGCUGCUGUGCAAGGGGCUCCAGCGCCGUGCCUGCCAGCUGCAGACGCUGCGGCUGGGGAGCUGCCGGCUGACCGGCGCCUGCUGCCGAGCCCUGGCCACCCGGCUGGUGGAGAGCCCCCACCUCACCUGCCUGGACCUGAGCGACAAUGAGCUGGGAGCCGACGGCGUCCUGCAGCUCUGCCAGCAGCUCCGGCAUCCUGCCUGCCCACUGCGGGCACUGGGACUGAGCACGUCCGGGUUAAGCGAGGAAGCGCUGCAGGAGCUGGCCGCCCUGCGGGCACUGAAGCCCGACUUGAAGAUCGGGAACCUCCUCAAGCAGGACGUGCCACAGGCGGGGGCCAUGGCCCGGCUGCCCUUCCACGGGGGCCUGCGGCGCGUGGAGGCCAGGAGGCAGGAAGGCGCUCCCCUCCUUUAG